UCAUUCUAAAUUUAGCAUCCUUGGCGAUUUGUUGUUAUUUACAAAUGAAUCGUAUGGGCACGGCCUAGGUCAUUCCGGGUCGACUCCCUUCCGUAGACAAUGUCGAAGGAUGCAGUGCUGACCAUUCCAAACGUUUGGAAGCCUGAGCUGUAUAAAAUACAGCUCGAUGCUCCGACUCCCAAGCCUGUGCUAUGUGAGCGGGACGACAUCAUGGGACCAACCCGGUACGGCAAGGAGUACCACGGCACGAUGGACCACAAAGAGUGUGAGCAAAUGUUGAAAGAUCAACCGGACGGUAGCUACCUGAUACGCCGUAGCCCGGGUGCCGAUAACUACUACACACUCAGUCUACGGUUCGGGCAGACGACGAAGCAUUUCAAGAUAUUUUACUCACCUGAAAAGGGUCACUACCUGCGGGAGAACUUUAAAAAGUUUGAAACCAUCCAGGAGAUGGUAGCGGACGGGCUGGUGGAUUUCUAUAUGCGCCUGCACGCAGCCCCAAUUCUCAAGGAAAUGAUGAGUCAGACCAAGAAGUGCUACGAACAGAGUCCGUACAUGACGCUUCAUCGGCGCAAGCUACGUUCGCUGUGUAGCGAGCUGUGUAAACCAACGAAGCUGCCCAUGGUUCAAGAUAGUCUGGAGACGGCUGACACCGAAAUAGCAGACGAGCGGGACAGCGGCGAAAAGGAGGCGGAUCGGGUUUCGUACGAAAAGUCGGACCCAUACGAUAACGCUUAUCCAGAGUACGAGAAGCAGCAUGCGUUCAAAACGCAUACGUUCAAGGGUUUGAAUUGGUGCGAAUUUUGUGCCAACUUUCUGUGGGGUUUUACGUCGCAAGGGGUCAAAUGUGAUGAUUGUGGUUUCAUGGCUCACUUCAAGUGUUCCGAGCUGGUGCCGGCAAAGUGUGUACCAGACCUGAAGCGGCUGCGCGGAAUAUUUGGCGUUGAUCUUACCACACUGGUAACGGCACACAAGUGCCGCAUUCCGUUUAUCGUCAAAAAGUGUGUCGAAGAGGUGGAAAACCAUGGCAUGCUGCAGGAAGGUAUCUACCGGAUAUCGGGCUUUGCAGACGAAAUAGAGGCGCUCAAGAUGGCACUGGACAAAGAUGGCGAGAAGGCGGACGUGUCCGGACAGGUGUAUAGCAAUAUCAAUGUGAUUGCCGGCGUGCUGAAGCUCUACUUGCGGCUGCUUCCCGUUCCACUGAUAACGUUUCAAUCAUUCCCCCUAUUUAUGGAAUCCAUGCGAGAAAAAUCCAUCGGCGAACAAGUGAUAGCGUUGCGAAACGCCGUUAAAGCAUUACCGCCCGCUCAUCUGCACUGUUUGAAGUACAUCCUGGAACACUUGAACCGCAUCGCUUCCCAUCACACGAUCAACAAGAUGAAUGAACACAAUUUGGCUACCGUGUUUGCGCCAACAUUGAUCGCCACACCGCAGCACAUGACCGAUCUGUCCCAGGAGAUCGGUAUGCUGGCCGCCCUCAUCAGCCACUGUCACGCGAUAUUUUUGUAAUUGUGUGCAUACAGAACGAACGCUCUCUUUUCGUCCGGCAUCCUGGAGAUGGCUGAACAGCAUUAGCUUCCUUAUACUGUGUGUGUUCUGGUUUCAACAUAAUUAACGAUUCCUUACAUAUAGGUUACAUUAUGUUUGCGGAUGUGUUUAUGCUUUUAACACUAUAACGACAAUCAACUUCCGCUUAUUCUGAUUAUACCCGCUGAUCUGCCUUUUCAUUGAAUCCGUUUUCUGUUCAACAGACAAAAAUAUCUUUCGGUAUUAGAUUUGUUUACAAAUUUAAAUAUAUUUAGCCUUUAGCAAUGAUUUAACUUAAUCGUAACUGUAUCAAUUAACUUUAAUGUGCGUAAACAUGUAUUGAAAAAUAAAAUGAUACACUCUUGAACAAAUUUAAGCAAACCUAAACUGAGUUCCAGUAACUUCAACGAGCGUAUAGAAAAGGA